AUGAUGGAUGAAAGAGAAGAUUUCGUUGAAGAUCUACUCACUGAGUAUGCCAUCCAGCUUAGCAUUCAAGAGUCAAAUGGGGCCAUACCACCGGUUUCUUCCAGCUGUAAUGACAGUUUUGUGCCACCUAGUGAGGAAAAUAGGAAAAUCGUAACAUCCAUAAAGCAAGGUCAAGUAUUUGGGCUCCAAGAACUUGUGAAACAGAAAUAUGCUUUGGAUGAAGCUGAUGAAAGAGGGUGGUUUCCACUGCAUGAGGCUGCAGCUCAGCCAAUUCAGCAAAUACUUGAAGUCAUUUUAGACGCAUCUUAUAAAACAAUGUGGGAAUACAAAACAUGUGAUGGAGAAACACCUUUGACACUGGCAGCAAAAGCUGGCUUUGUGGAAAAUGUACAAACGUUACUGGAAAAGGGUGUUUGGCCCAAUACCAAAAAUGACAGAGGGGAAACUCCACUUCUUAUCGCUGUAAGAAACAGCUCUUUUGAAAUGGUAUCCACUCUGAUCAAACACAACUGUAGUAUCCACCAGCCAUGCGCAAAACGUUGGUCAGCAAUGCACGAAGCAGCAAAACAGGGACGCAAAGACAUUGUUGCCCUUCUUCUGAAGAAUGGUGGAAAUGUGAACCUUAAGGAUGGAUAUGGAGUAACACCAUUAGGUGUUGCUGCUGAAUAUGGUCACUGUGAUGUGCUGGAGCAUCUUAUUCAUAAGGGUGGAGAUGUCCAGGCCUUAGCGGAUGAUGGUGCAUCAAUACUAUUUGAAGCAGCUGGAGGAGGUAAUCCAGACUGCAUAGCCCUUCUUUUGGAAUAUGGAGGAAGUGGCAAUGUUCCAAAUAAGGCAGGACUGCUUCCCAUACACAAAGCAGCUUAUGAGGGGCAUUACCUGGCCCUGAAGUAUCUCAUUGCGGUCACAUCCCAAACUGCAAUUCAGAAAAGUGGGUUAAGCCCUGUUCAUUCAGCAGCAGAUGGUCAGAAUUCACAGUGCCUAGAGCUGCUCAUUGAAAAUGGUUUCAAUGUCAAUACUCUGAUGGCUGAACACAUUUCAAAUGGUUAUGACGAUGAGAGGAAAACCGCACUGUAUUUUGCUGUUUCUAACAAUGACGUUCUUUGCACUGAAAUACUGCUCAAAGCAGGGGCAAAUCCAAACAAGGAUCCUUUAAACUGUCUUCUUGUGGCAGUGAGGGCUGGCAACCAUGAAAUUGUAAGGCUGCUCCUGUCAUAUGGAGCAAAUGUCAAUUGCUACUUCAUGUUGGUUAAUGACACACAUUUUCCCAGUGCCAUUCAGUAUGCCUUGAAUGACGAGGUGAUGCUGAGGCUGUUGCUCAAUCAUGGAUAUAAUGUGGAUAUGUGUUUUGACUGUAUGCAUCAAGAUAUCUUUGGAAAUUCUUUCGUGUGGUCUACUCCAGAGGAAGAUAUUCUCCCCGGGUGGACUUCUUCCGUAAUAAAGGAUAAUCCAUUCUGUGACUUCAUUGCUGUUCCUUGGUUGAAACAUUUAGCAGGAAAAGUGGUUCGUGUUUUUAUAGAUUACAUGGAUUAUGUCCCUCUAUGCACAAAAAUUAAGUUUAUCUUAGAAACACAGAAAGAAUGGACAGAGAUACGUCAGAUACUGGAUAAUCCUCGCCCAUUGAAGCAUCUGUGUCGUCUGAAAAUACGUAAACUCUUGGGGCUAAGGAGACUCCAGAAACUGUCAUCCAUGAAGAAGUUUCCACUUCCACCAGUUCUCAAGAACUAUAUCCUAUACAAAGAAUAUGAUCUGUAUGGAGAAGGGAUAGGUCUAGAGUAG